CAGGCGGAGAAGGCGGGGACAGAGGCGCUGUGAGGCGGCCACUGUCACCCGGGUGUCGCGGCGGUGGAGGUUCCACCGGAGGAAGGUCGCCGUCGUCGAGGAGGAUUUAACCACAGAAGAACAUUUAUCUUGUCCUCGACAAAUGAUGACCCGUCCAAUGUUUGCGUGAAGAAGAUUUAAGUUGCCUUGCUGAAUUUCCGCCUUUUACCGCUCCUAAAAAUGGCGAACGAAUCCCCAGCCAAGAGCCUGGUGGACAUCGACCUGGCGGCGCUGCGGGACCCCGCCGGCAUCUUCGAGCUGGUGGAAGUGGUGGGGAAUGGCACCUAUGGACAAGUUUAUAAGGGUCGACAUGUCAAGACUGGACAGCUGGCCGCCAUCAAGGUGAUGGACGUCACCGAGGACGAGGAGGAGGAGAUCAAGCUGGAGAUCAACAUGCUGAAGAAGUACUCGCACCACAGGAACAUCGCCACCUACUACGGCGCCUUCAUCAAGAAGAGUCCACCGGGUCACGACGACCAGCUCUGGCUGGUGAUGGAGUUCUGUGGUGCAGGUUCCAUCACAGACCUGGUGAAGAACACCAAAGGAAACACUUUGAAGGAGGACUGGAUCGCUUACAUCUCCAGGGAGAUCCUCAGGGGCUUGGCACACCUCCACGCUCACCACGUCAUCCACCGCGACAUCAAGGGACAGAAUGUGCUGCUGACAGAGAACGCUGAGGUCAAACUGGUGGACUUUGGUGUGAGUGCCCAGCUGGACAGAACGGUGGGUCGCAGGAACACCUUCAUCGGGACACCAUACUGGAUGGCUCCCGAGGUCAUCGCCUGUGAUGAAAACCCAGACGCCACCUACGACUACCGGAGUGAUCUCUGGUCCUGUGGAAUCACAGCCAUCGAGAUGGCAGAGGGAGCGCCUCCGCUGUGUGACAUGCACCCCAUGAGGGCGCUCUUCCUCAUCCCCAGGAACCCUCCUCCUCGCCUCAAGUCUAAGAAAUGGUCCAAGAAGUUCUUCAGCUUCAUCGAGGGCUGCCUGGUGAAGAACUACACCCAGCGGCCCCCCACGGAGCAGCUCCUCAAGCACCCCUUCAUCCGCGACCAGCCCAACGAGCGGCAGGUGCGCAUCCAGCUCAAGGACCACAUCGACCGCACCAAGAAGAAGCGCGGCGAGAAGGACGAGACCGAGUACGAGUACAGCGGCAGCGAGGAGGAGGAGGAGGAGGCGUCCGAGCAAGAAGGAGAACCCAGCUCCAUCGUCAACGUGCCGGGCGAGUCCACGCUGCGCCGAGACUUCAUCCGCCUGCAGCAGGAGAACAAGGAGCGCUCGGAGGCCAUGCGGCGCCAGCAACUCCUGCAGGAGCAGCAGAUGCGCGAGCAGGAGGAGUACAAGCGCCAACUACUGGCCGAGAGGCAGAAACGCAUCGAGCAGCAGAAAGAGCAGAGGAGGCGGCUGGAGGAGCAACAACGGCGAGAGCGCGAGGCGAGGCGCCAGCAGGAGCGCGAGCAGCGGCGGCGUGAGCAGGAGGAGAAGCGGCGUGCGGAGGAGAUGGAGCGGCGCCGCAAGGAGGAGGAGGAGCGGCGGCGAGCGGAGGAGGAGAAGAGGCGGGCCGACAGAGAGCAGGAGUACAUCCGCCGCCAGCUGGAGGAGGAGCAGAGACACCUGGAGAUCCUGCAGCAGCAGCUGUUGCACGAGCAGGCCAUGCUGCUGGAGUACAAAUGGCGGGAGCUCGAAGAGCGACGCCAAGCCCAAAAGCUCCAGCGGCAGCUUCAGGAGGAGCAGGCCUACCUGCUGACCCUUCAGCAGAACCAGGACCACAACCUGGACCUGGACCUGGACCAGGACGGUACUUGUGAGAAGAAAGUUGAGAUGGUGGUUGAGGCUGACGAGCGGUACCGGAAGAACAUCCAAGGUUCUCCUCAGGCGGCACAAAGCAAAGCGGUCCAGCCCCCGGUGCCGCCGCGCCUUGAGUCCUCGUACCCCAACGGGAACACGGAGGCCAUGAGCCGGCCUGUGGAGGCCCAGGUCUCCGUCAGGACCACGUCCAGGUCGCCAGUGUUGCCGAGGCGGGACUCGCCUCGUCGCCAUGGCAACACGCCACACGGCGGUCAAGUUGUGAAGCGCAACCCCGGCAGCAGCGCCGAGCCUCGGCUGCUGUGGGAGCGGGUGGAGAAGAUGGUUCCCGGCUCUGGCUCCGGCUCCGGCUCUGGCUCCGGCUCCUCUAGCAGUUCUUCCAGCAACUCCAGCUCUCAGGCUGGUUCUCAGUGUGGCUCCAGGGCCCGCACCUCCUCCAAGUCCGAGGGCUCGGCCCCCCAGAGGGCGGACGGUGGCGUGAGGAAGGAGGCGGUCCGGCCCAGCAGACCGGCGGACCUGACGGCACUGGCCAAGGAGCUGCGGGCGGCGGACGACGUGCGCCCCCCCAACAAAGUCACGGACUACUCGUCCUCCAGCGAGGACUCGGACACCACCGACGAAGACGACGACGAAGAGGUGGACCAGGAAGGAGGCGAGGAGUCCACCUCCGGCCCGGAGGACUCCCGAGCCGUGUCCACCCGCCUGAGCAAUGGCGAGACGGAGUCGGUGAAGACGAUGAUCGUGCACGACGAGGGGGAGGGCGACCCGGGCAAGGACAGUACGCUGGUGGUGCGACAGAGCGCAGGGGAUGGCAAAAAGAGGCCGGGCCCCGCCCUACAGAGCCCAGGCUCGCCGUCCAGCCCGCACGCCCCCGGCCCCCACCGCCAUCUUCAUCACCUCCGUCACGCACAUCAUCAUCAUCAUCACCACCAUCAGCAGCAGCAGCCGGACAGGAACGGCUUUGUGGGCCGCAUCCACCUCCUCCCAGACCUGAUCCAGCAGAGCCAUCACUCCUCCUCCCCUUCCUCCUCCCCCUCCUCCUCCGCCUCCACAUCCGCCUCCACCUCGCCCUCCGCCUCCAGCCUGGCCAGCCCCUGCAUGUCCCCCCACAGCCCCCUGGACAAGAUGGCCAUCUUCAUGGAGAGUCAGUCCAGUAACAACAUGCAGAAGCACAAGUCCUCGUCCUCCUUCACGCCGUUCAUCGACCCGCGCCUGCUGCAGGUCUCGCCCUCCGCCGGCAGCGCCCUCAACAACGUGGGCUACGCCAACGACCCGCGGCUGGCGGAGGCGCUGAGGGCCGACCCGUCCCGCAAAGGGUCCGUGGUCAACGUCAACCCGGUCAACACCCGACCACAGAGCGACACGCCCGAGAUCCGCAAAUACAAGAAGAGGUUCAACUCUGAGAUCCUUUGUGCCGCACUCUGGGGCGUGAACCUGCUGGUUGGAACAGAAAGCGGUCUGAUGUUGUUGGAUCGCAGCGGUCAAGGCAAAGUUUACCCGCUCAUCAGCCGACGACGCUUCCAGCAGAUGGACGUCCUGGAGGGACUCAACGUCCUGGUUACGAUAUCAGGCAAGAAGAACAAGCUGCGUGUGUACUACCUGUCCUGGCUGAGGAACAAGAUCCUGCACAACGACCCUGAGGUGGAGAAGAAGCAGGGCUGGACCACAGUUGGAGACCUGGAGGGAUGUGUGCACUACAAAGUUGUGAAGUACGAGAGGAUCAAGUUCCUGGUGCUGGCCUUGAAGAACUCGGUGGAGGUUUAUGCCUGGGCUCCCAAACCAUAUCACAAGUUCAUGGCCUUCAAGUCUUUCGGGGACUUGGUGCACAAACCUCUGCUGGUGGACUUGACGGUGGAGGAGGGUCAGAGGUUAAAGGUCAUCUAUGGUUCCUGCCUGGGCUUCCACGCGGUGGACGUGGACUCGGGGGCGGUCUACGACAUCUACCUGCCCACACACAUCCAGAACCACAUCCAGUCCCACGCCAUCAUCAUCCUGCCCAACACGGACGGCAUCGAGCUGCUGGUGUGCUACGAGGACGAGGGCGUCUACGUCAACACCUACGGGCGCAUCACCAAGGACGUGGUGCUGCAGUGGGGGGAGAUGCCCACCUCUGUGGCUUACAUCCGCUCCAACCAGAUCAUGGGCUGGGGAGAGAAGGCCAUCGAGAUCCGCUCGGUGGAGACGGGCCACCUGGACGGAGUCUUCAUGCACAAGCGAGCCCAGAGACUCAAGUUCUUGUGCGAGAGGAACGACAAGGUGUUCUUCGCCUCAGUGCGGUCUGGAGGCUCCAGUCAGGUGUACUUCAUGACUCUCGGCCGCAGUAACCUGCUCAGCUGGUAGACGCUCUUCCUCCUCCUCCUCUUCCUCCUCUUCUUCCUCCAAGUCCCCCCUCCCCCACCCGGUCAACACUGGAUCUCAGAACCACGUCCCGGGCCGCCGAGAGAACCGCAGACCGGACUCCCACUUUGUGUCGGCAUGGCGAGGAGGACGGCGGCGGCGUGCCAGCGGCGACUCGGGGCCACACGCCGGCUGCCGGAGGAAACAGGAAGCCCAGGGAGGAAACAGGAAGUGGUUGAUUCCGGCGCUCCUGACUGACUUUUAGAACCCUCCUCACUCGUGGAGUCGACGUCGCUAAAUGUUCUCGUGUUGGGACGACGGCCAUCGUCGUGGCGACAAUAAAAGUGGGCGGGGACUCCUGUCAGUGUCGGCUGUGAUUGGACGAGAGGAAGUGAGACGACGUUCUUCUUCCUCGCAUCAGCGUGAAAAUGUGCUGUUGUUCAAUUUCCUUUUUUUGCAUUCAUGUUAUUAUGAUUCUAAUGAAUAGGAUUAGUGUUAUUAAUAUUAUUGUUUUCCACGCACACCAACCACGUCUUCACCGUCUGCUCGCCUCCACCCGCAGUCGUCUGCACACCAAGAAAACAAGUCAAUAAAGUUGUGUAUGUAAAAAAUAAAUAUAUAUAAUAAUGA